AUUCUCUCUCUCUGUAUCGAUAUCUCUCUCUAAAUCGGCAUUAAUCUGUAUGCAAAACCCACCCACCUUCCAUUUUUUUCCCACCUAUCCUCUUUCAGGAAACCCCCACCAGAUUCAUCGGUUCUCUCUCGUAAUAUGGGCUCAUCGUUCUCGUCUUCGUCUCCGAUCGAAAGCUCCGCCGGCGCCGCAUCGCCGGAGACCGGGUUGGGGGAUUUGCCGGAGAGCUGCGUCGCGUCGGUGCUGGUCUACCUGGACCCGCCCCAGAUCUGCCGGAUGGCGAUGAUGAACCGGGCUUUUAGGGGCGCGUCGUCUGCCGAUUUCGUUUGGGAGUCGAAGCUGCCGUUGAAUUAUGGAGAUGUAAUUGAGAGAGUAUCGGAGGAAAACGAUGGUUUUGUUGAGGGUUUGUGCAAAAGGGAUAUUUAUUCCAGGCUUUGUACCCCUAAUUCGUUUGAUGCUGGCACCAAGAAAGUUUGGUUGGAUAAGAGCACGGGCAAGACUUGUAUGUUAGUAUCAUCAAACGGAUUAGCGAUAACUGGGAUUGAUGACAGGAGAUAUUGGAGCCGCAUUCCAACCGAAGAAUCGAGGUUCAACUCCAUCGCAUAUCUCCAGCAAAUAUGGUGGUUCGAGGUGGACGGGGAAAUCGAGUUCCCGUUUCCAGCCGGGUCGUACAGUCUAUAUUUCCGAUUGCAGUUAGGCCGGGCCCACAAGAGAUUUGGUAGAAGGGUUUGCAAUUCGGAGCAUGUCCACGGUUGGGAUAGGAAGCCCGUUCGAUUUGAGGUGUUGACUUCGGACGGUCAACAGGCCACGAAGCAGUGUUACUUGAAGGAACAUGGGAGGUGGAUUCAUUACCAUGCCGGAGAUUUUGUUGUAGCUAAUACUUGCAGAUCAAUUAAAGUCAAAUUUUCGAUGACGCAAAUUGACUGCACGCACACGAAGGGUGGCCUUUGUGUAGAUUCUGUACUGAUAUAUCCUGCCGAGUGUAGAGAGAGGUUGCAGCAUUUUUAAUUGUGAUCCCAUCUCUUUUGUAGGAAAGUGUACUCGUAGUGUGUGUUUCAUUAGUCGUAUCGUAGAUUAGGGUUAUGUAGAACAGGCAAACAAAACAUAUUGAGCAGUAAAGAAAUUAUGAUCAAGAUUUGUGCUGAUUGUUUUCGACACAUGAUA